AUGGGCGGGCUCGGCGAGCACGCCACUGAGGAGGGUGAUCUUCGGGGAGCCCGAGGUGACCCAGGUGCCUCGCCGGGCUCACCGCUGCCUCGACAGGCUCACCGCCGCCUUGUCGGGCUCGCCCUCUUCGCGUGGGGGAUGUGGGUGAACAUCGUGGCGGACAAGGAGCUCCUUAGGCUCAAGGAGGGGGGUGCGGGUACCAAGAUCCCGAGGGGCGGGUGGUUCGAGCUGGUCACCUGCCCCAACUACUUCGGCGAUGUCGAGGAGUGGCUCAGCUUCGUCGUGGUGGCGUGGACGCCCACGGCCUGGGCGUUCUUCCCCCACACCUCCGCCAAUCUCGAUCCGCGAGCUAGGGAUCACGACCGCUGGUACCUGCAGAAGUUCGGCAGUGAGUACCUGGUGUCGCUCAAGGUGUUCGUCCCGUACAUCUACUAG